UUAUCUCCUUUCUACAGGGAGUCGCCCAUAGUAACCGCUCGAGCUGCUCAGACCGGAAUCUCCAGCAAAGAUGACGAGAGUAAAAUAAAGCGACAGAAACGAGUAAACAUGAUGAGGACACUCACGGAUGAGAAAUAUUAAUACACGGAAAUAACACCCCUGAAGUGCUCGUGCUGGAUAUUUCCGAGUGAAUUCCGGUGUUAGCCGUCAUGAGAUGACUGUGAAUCGGAUCUUUAUGAUCGUGACCAGAUCUGUGAGGAUUUAAAUAUGUUGUCCGUGUCAGUCUGAGGAGAAAUAUUCACUGAUGAUUGUAUGAGAGGCUUUCAGCGGUGUGUGUGGUGGAGACAUGAAGACAGUGCUCGUGUUGAGCUGUCUGCUGUUAAUCGCUCUAGCAGAAGAUCCGGAUCAACUCGAUCAGAAGCAGAUCCCGGUUCAGUACCUUCACAUCGGCGACGGCUCCUCAAGGGAGUUUGAGUUUCCGCAGAACACGCGUGGCGUGAUCGUGAUUUCCAGCGGGUAUCGCAGCUCCGGAGGUCGGAAGGGUCGCGAGAGCCUGAAACAGACGGUUCGGGUGAGGUCUCUGGACCCGGACGUCAUCUCCAUCCUUAACGUGACGGACAGCGGGCGAACGGGAGUCGCAAGCAGCUACGUAAUCAGCAUCCGCUCUGGGGUUCCGGGAACGGCUCCGUUGCUCAUCCAGCUGCUGGAUCUAGACAGCGACUUAGAGCCAGUUCUCAUCGAGGAGCGGAGCGAUUACUCCAUCAGGGUGGCGGCAGGCAGCGUUGACGACCCGGCCGCCCGGCUCCUGGAGUCCGGCGGGCUGACGCACUUUUCGGAGAACCCGAUCCUCUUUGCGCUGCUGCCGCUCAUCUUCAUCAACAAGUGCGCGUUCGGCUGUAAGGUGGAGGUGGAGGUGUUGGCGGCUCUGCUCAAGAGGCCGGUGCCGUUGCUGCUGGGCGUAGUGGGACAGUUCCUCAUAAUGCCGCUCUACGCAUACGGCCUGUCCCGGCUGGCGGCGCUCCCCAAGGCGCUGUCGCUGGGCCUGGUCAUCACCUGCUCGGCUCCGGGCGGAGGCGGCGGGUACCUGUACAGCCUGCUGCUAGGCGGAGACGUCACCCUGGCCAUUAGCAUGACUCUCAUCUCCACCGUGGUCGCGACCGCAGCCAUGCCGCUGUCCUCGGCCUUCUACGGCUGGCUGCUGGGCGUCCAUGCCGCUCUCCACGUGCCCUUCAUCAAGAUCCUCGGCACGCUGCUCUUCAUCGCCAUCCCCAUCUCGCUGGGCAUGCUGGUGAAGCUGCGUCUGCCCGCCGUCACCCGCGUCCUGCUCGCCCUCAUCCGCCCCUUCAGCUUCGUGCUCAUCGUGGGAGGGAUCUUCAUGGCCUAUCAGAUGGGCUCCUCCAUCCUGGCCAAUGUGCGCGCCCCGAUCGUAGCGGCGGGCGUGACCGUGCCCAUCUUCGGGCUGCUGGUGGGGUUUGUAAUGGCGCGGGUAGCGGGGCUGGCGGUGCCGCAGAGGAAGACGGUCAGUAUUGAGGUGGGCGUGCAGAACAGUCUCCUGGCGCUGGCCGUCAUGCAGCUGUCGUUCCAGCGGGCCGAGGCGGACUACGCCUCACAGGCGCCCUUCAUCGUGGCCCUCAGCAGCACGUCAGAGAUGCUCCUGCUGGUGCUCGUGCACUUCGCCCACCGACGCCUGUGCCUGCCGUCCGCCUCGCGAACCGUCGCAUGAUCGCCAAUUCAAAGCCAAUCGCUGCCAAACAUUACUGCCAGAACGGACCCGGUCUGCGGACGUAUCUCUGUCUUACAACCAAAGGCCUUCGCUCGUUAAUUUCAGCCUUUUUUAAUCAGAUUUUAAUCUUACGUGCAUUACAAUGACAGUGUUUAUGGAAGAUAUACGAGAUAUUUUUCUAAGUAAUUUUGCUGUUUGUUAUUUUGUAAUUCAGAUGGUUUGUUUGUACCCUGUUUACAGAAGAUGUUGCUGUUGAUUGUUCAUGUGAUUGAACCAUGCGCAAUGGUGACAUGUGAUUAAAUGCUUUUUGACAAGACAAACCGGUGUGUUUUGGUAUUAGGCGCCUUGAAUUGUAUUUGAUCAUGACUGAAGAGGUCAGCGAUUGAUCUCGUCAAUCACACCUGCAAAAUGUUCCAAGGAUUAGUUCACUUUCAAAUGAAAAUUAGCCCAAGCUUUACUCACCCUGAAGCCAUCCUAGGUGUGUAUGACUUUCUUCUUUCUGAUGAACACAAUCAGAGUUAUAUUAAUAAAUAUCCUGACGCGUCCGAACUUUAUAAUGGCAGUGAACAGGACCAAAGAGUAUGAAACUCAAGAAAGUGCUUCCAUCCUUCAUAAACGUACUUCACACGGCUCCAAGGGGUUAAUAAAGGCCUUCUGAAGGGAAGCGAUGCAUUUGUGUAAGAAAAAUAUCCAUAUUUAACAAGUUAUAAAGUAAAAGAUCUAGCUUCCGCCAGACCGCCUUCUGUAGUCAAGUUACGCUUUUUCCGUAAGUUGAAUAGGGAAGGCGUAGGAUGUAGUGUAAGCAUUUUGAACUGCAAGUUUUACACUUUCUUCGUAAAUUGAAUACAGAAGGCGGUCUGGUGAAGCUAGAUAUUUUACUUCAUAACCUGUUAAAUAUGGAUAUUUUUCUUACACAAAUGCAUCGCUUCACUUCAGAAGGCCUUUAUUAACCCUCCCAGAGCCAUGUGGAGUAUGUUUAUGAUGGAUGGAUGUGGAUGGCUGCACUUUCUUCAGCUCAUACUCAUUGGUAUCGCUCACAGCCAUUAUAAAGCUCGGAUGCGUCAGGAUACUUAUUAAUAUAUCUCAGAUUGUGUUCAUCAGAAAGAAUUAAGUCAUAUACACUUAGAAUGGCUUAAAGGGUGAGUAAAGCUUGAGGUAGUAUUCACUUUAAAGUGAACUAAUCCUUUAAAAACAGACUUUACCUUUCUAAAAUGUGUCAUAUUAUGCUGUCUAUGUGAAAGUAUUUUUUAUUAACAUCAAAACAACAAUCACUGUUAACCUUUGCCCUGAGUUCUCCACUGAAAUGUGUUUUGAUCCUGUUUCCUCAGGUGUUACGAAUGGCUUUGAGAAUCAUGGCCCUUUCAUUUCAAUACAAAUACAAGGCUAACAUGUUCCUUUGAA